CGGCUGUGACUGUCCCGUCGUCUCCUCAUAGCUGUCUGUAUGUGUGUGUGUAGUGUGUGGGAGGAAGCUCAAAGCCGUAAUGCAGUUGAGGGGGGAAGAAAAAUGAAAACAUUACUGUGACAGGCACUAAACGGUGGGAUUGAUGCCUGUUUCUUUGUCUCGGGAAGAUGGUGAAUCGUAGUGGCACGGUGCUUGAUCGGCGUGUUUUGCUGAUAAUUUAAGUGUCUUAAAUGAAUAAGUGCAACGAAAAUUUUUGUUUGCCAGUGAAAGCUAGUGUUUAUGUGAUAGUGUUGUGUGGUGCUUUAGUUUUGGAUACUUCACAGUCUUUGGAAGGAAUUCUCAUUUCAUCCCAAGAAACUUCAAUUUUAUGAGGGGCCUAAAGAGGGAGAAGACUGACCAGAGUUAGUCUUCCAGUCUGAAAAAGCACAUCUCCAUAGCCUGUAAGAUGAUCCAGUGACAGUAGAGUAGACCACCUCGGGAUGGAUCACAGCGUGAAGGCGAUGCAGAGCCACCGCAAGAUUGCGUUCUCGCGGCUACUCAACCGCCACCGAUUCGAGAACGAUGAGCUGGAGUCCCUCUAUCAGAGGUAUAUCUUCAAGCUGCAACACUCAUCGGUGGCCAGUGUGGUAGCAAUGUUUGUCCUGCUCACUGCUGUGUUGGCCAACCUGAGUCUGGCAUAUGCGCAGGCUGCCACACCACAGAACAUCUACCAUCUCGCCCACUGUCUUCUCUUCGCCCUUCUACUUGUCUUCCUCAACACCAAACUGAUGCAGGAUGCGUACCUGCUGUGGGUCUGCUACGUGAUCCUGUUCUUCUGCGCAACAUUCUGCGCAGUGAGUUUACCUGUAGUGGAGACACGGCGUGGAGCUGCCGUGGCAGACGGCGCAUGGCAGGUGCUCUUUGUGGUCUUCCUGGCGUAUGCGAUGAUGCCACUCAAGACCUGGGUUGCUGCACUGUUUGGGCUGUCAUUACCGGUCGCGCACACCGCCGUCGCCACCACGUUUGCGACAGAGUUCCCCCAGCUGUUAUGGCAGCAGGUAACAGCCAACGUGAUCGUGUUUGUAUGUGUGAACGUGGUCGGCGUGCUGCUACACACACUGAUGGAACACGCUCAACGCCGUGCAUUUCUCGACACCCGAAACUGUAUUGCGGCACGGCUAGAAAUGGAAGACGAGAACGAGAAACUGGAGAGGCUGCUGCUGUCAGUGCUGCCGCAGCACGUGGCCAUGGAGAUGAAGGCAGACAUCAUGUCCCCGGUAGAGGGACAAUUCCACAAGAUCUACAUCCAGCGACACGAGAACGUCAGUAUCCUGUUUGCUGAUAUCGUAGGCUUCACUGUGUUGGCAUCGCAGUGUACAGCCCAGGAACUAGUGAGACUACUCAAUGAACUUUUCGGCCGUUUCGACCAACUUGCAAAUGAUAACCAUUGUCUGAGGAUCAAGAUCCUGGGAGACUGCUACUACUGUGUGUCAGGGCUGCCUGAGCCGAGAUCUGACCAUGCCCACUGCGCUGUCGAGAUGGGACUGGACAUGAUCGAUGCCAUUGCGUCUGUGGUGGAAGCGACGGAUGUCCACCUCAACAUGCGUGUGGGGAUACACAGCGGCCGGGUGUUGUGUGGCGUGUUGGGCCUGCGUAAGUGGCAGUACGAUGUUUGGUCCAACGAUGUCACCUUGGCCAACAACAUGGAGGCCGGGGGAGAGCCGGGGCGAGUGCACAUCACGCAAGCCACGCUGGACUACCUGGGUGGAGAGUACGAGGUGGAGCCGGGCCAUGGCGCGACGCGCAACCAGUACCUGCGUGACAACAACGUCACAACAUACUUCAUUGUGCCUCCCGCGCGUCGGAGAAAGCCGUUGUUGUUCAACACCCUGCAGGUGCGGUCGGCGCUGGGUGCUGCGCAACGGCGCAAGCUGAGCUUCAAGAACGUGUCCAGCGUGGUGGUACAACUGCUGCACUCCAUCAAGUACUCUGUGGAGGUGCCGUUCUCCAACAUGGCAGCCGGGGCUGAUCUCAAGGCCAACACUGCUAGGAAGGACGCGGUUUUAGAUCUGCAGAGGGCUCUACAUGCAGAUCCAACUAGCGCAGGCCGUGCCGACACUCUCAGUCUGCGAGACAUCACGGCUAAGAACAAAGUGACGGACAAGUUCAAGCGGCCGUUCAAGAAGCGCCACUCGAGUGUCUACCACCAACCCUCCAACCGAGUCAACAAGUACCUGAGUCAGGCUAUCGAGGCGCGCAGCGUAGACCGGGAAAAGAGCAACCACGUCAACCUCAUCACUCUCUGCUUCAAGGACAAGGAGAAGGAGAAUCAGUACCACACGGACGUGGAUGUGGGCUUCAGCAGUUCCCUGGCCUGCAGUCUGGUUCUGUUGUUCCUGAUGGGGGGGCUCCAGGCUGUGAUUCUGCCCCGGACCAUCAUCCUACUCCUGCUCUUCCUCACUGCAUUCAUCUGGAUAUCUGUGGUGCUGAUGUUGCUGUUGGCAGUUAGGCUGAGGUGGAUACUCUGUGAUAUUUCACACAGCUUCUCCCUGCGCCUGGCUAUCACUGUGUUCACCAUAGUGCUGGUAUACACAGUUGCGCAGGUCAACGUGUUCACAUGUCGCACCGAGACGCCGUGCCAUCCUGCCAACAUCACCUCCGCCACUGGGGACCACCGGGCCUGCCCGCUGCCUCACUACAUUGUCAUCUCCUGCUCACUGGGUUACAUGGCAGUAGCAGUGUUUCUCAGGCUGCCCAUCCUAAUCAAGUGUGCUCUCCUGGCUCUCAUGGCCACGGUAUACAUCCUGCUGAUAGAGCUGUCCCACAUUAACAUCUUCCACUGCUACGACACCAGAGUACAGAGUGUGGUACCGUCGCAUCUGCUCAGUGUGGUCUAUGUGCUCAUGUUGCUGCUGGCAGUCAUCAUCCAUGGGCGUCAGGUUGAGUGGACGGCCAGGCUCGACUUCUUAUGGCAAAUUCAGGCCACGGAGGAGAAGAGGGAGAUGGACGCUCUGCAACACAGCAACAAGAGGAUACUGUUCAACCUGCUGCCGGCCCACGUGGCAACCCACUUCCUCGACAACCAGUUCCGCAGCAACAUGAACACGCUGUCACAGGAGCUGUACCACCAGUCGUACAGUCGUGUGGGGGUGGUGUUCGCUUCCAUUACCAACUACCACGAGUUCUACAUGGAGUUGGACGGCAACAACCAGGGUGUCGAGUGUCUCAGGCUGCUCAACGAGAUCAUCGCUGACUUCGACGAGCUGCUGGGAGAGGAGAGGUUCCGAGCCAUAGACAAGAUCAAGACUGUGGGCUCGACGUACAUGGCGGCCGUGGGGCUGAUGCCAGAGUACAGGAUACUGGACGAAGGCGGCUCAGCGGCACUGCAUCUCUCUGCUCUCGUGGAGUUCGUGUUCGCCAUGAGGGACAAGCUGGUCUGCAUCAACGACAACAGCUACAACAACUUCAUGUUGCGAGUGGGUAUCAACAUCGGCCCGGUGGUGGCGGGAGUUAUCGGUGCCCGCAAGCCUCAGUAUGACAUCUGGGGCAACACCGUCAACGUUGCCAGCCGCAUGGACUCCACCGGCCUCCCCAACCACACUCAGGUGACGGAAGAGGUGUACCAAGUACUGAACAACCACCCGUACGAGUUCCAAUGUCGGGGUAAGGUGAAGGUGAAGGGGAAGGGGGAGAUGACCACGUAUUUCCUGACGGACAGAAAACAACCUGGAACUAUCCGGGUGGAAGAUCUGACAAGUCUCCGUGGAGGUGCUGCUAUAGGCAACAUGUACGGAGGUGUGGCGACACCCCUGGCCUUCCUACACCAGCAGUUGCAGCAGUCUGGGGAGAGGCUGAAGGGACGCCCUCGCCUGGCUCCGCUGAGAGAGAGUCACCGAGGCCCUGAGACGGAGCCUCUGCUGCCGCCACAUCGACCGCCCCUGCCUCCACACAAGGGCAUCGCUCAAGUCUUCCCUCCCCUUCACUCGGACACGACCAGGUACGCGCCACCUUGGCCUAGAGGAGGAGGGGUGGGGGGCAACUCUACAGUAAGUAACAGUGAAGCAGCUCCUCGCAACCACAACAACAACAGCAACAGUAACAGCGUGCCGCAGCGGAGACAACCCCCGGAGCCGUACCUGAAACCUCUGCCCAAACCCCCGCCUCGGGCCUCCCCUGGCCACCGCCCACGUCAGCCUUGGCUGCAACGUCACUACUCGGACGAGAGCCUGCAGGGCUCAGGACUACACUGGUCGGGCAACCCUAGGGUUCACUCCUCGGCUGACGAGAUCAGCUCGCUCAAUCACUCUCCCAGCAUCAGCUCCAGCGACGAAAGUUACAGCCGCACGACAGAUGCCUCCCCUUCCCCUUCACCUCCACCACCACCCCAGGCCAACCUCCAACAGUGGCUGUUCCCUUCGGACAUCCAAGUCAACCCGUGUUCCUCACCUGAGAACUCUCCUCGGGCUUCCCUCGACUACAUCCCUCCCCAGUGUUACCUGUCCAACAACAACCCGCCGGAAGUUACCAAAACCCCACUUCAGGACACAACCCCGAGUUUACCGUCUUCACGGAGUUUCUCACCGGGCAAGAAUGGAAAUAAUAAUGGCAGUCGAGGUAGCGGGAGAAGUUCAAAGUUGCGGGAAUCUCCAAGGAAUGUACACAGAAGUAACUCGAGCUCGACUAGCUCUCGUAGGACAAAUAAUUCAGAUAAGAUCCCGCCCUCGACGCUGCUGGCUCUGGCGGCCUGUGGGGACAAUACUCUGGAUUCUCACGGUGUGACGGUGGAUUCUUACCGCGGUGACACUUGUGGCAGUUUCGAGUACCAACGUGCCAAACACCGGAACAAACGGGCUCCCGGCGGUAGUUUAGAGAAGCACACGGAGAAAAGUGCCAAGGACAAUGGGGAGACGACGUCGUCGAACAGUGCCAAGUCCUCGAUGAAAAAGGACGGCUCGAGUCAGACAGAUUUGAAGAUGCCAGUUGUGUCGGAGAAGUCGACGUCGACUCCGGGUUCGGACAAUCCUGUGGUGGACUUUGAGAAGCAGAUCAGGAAACUGCUGGACGAGCAGAGCGUGUUGCGGACUGAUGAGCCGGCGAGGUACGUACCACAGCCGGAACCUCAGCCUGUACCACAGCCAAGGUUUGUACCGCAGCUCAUCUCCCCCAAUAUGGCCUGCAUCACGGAGCUGGCCCAGCAGCAGGAGAGGAGCCUAGGUCUCGGUCCUCAAUCACCAAUCAGCGUCAGGAAGGAGAGAGAGCAGACUGAGAGUGAGGAGGAUGAGGAGAGUCGAGAGAACCAGAGGUUCGAGGAGGAAGAGAAAAGGAUAGCGGAGGAGGUGGAAAGACAGGAGGCAGCGGUCAGGAGGAUCCUGGAGGAGUCGAGUGUACACCUGGAGUCGGAGUGGAGCGACGAGGAGGGGGCAGUGAGUGAACCCCUCCUUGCCGACAGAGACAGUACCGGCUACACCACCGAUGAUCCGGCACUGGAGAACAUCUCCAUGAUACACGAGGCUGGUCUAACUGAUGCUGAAGGAGCUCUGAGUGAUGUGAACUCUGCGCUGUCAGGAGGUUGUCACGACGACGGAGACAAUACAUCGCUUUCGUCUCGCGCCUCGUCGCGCGUGUUCGACUCAGACGCAAUGCUCAGCGUGGACUCACUCAGUGCGCUGUUCGACUGUGAAUAUGACAACUACAGCGAAGACCUGCGGUACUACGCGGCGCACACCACGCCUGACAUCACCAGCUUGGCGAACAUCCGGUCGGUCAGCGAGAGCAUCACACGCAACUUCGGCCAGCCACGCAGUGAAACGGACAGUGACAUUUAGUGUUAGUGAAUGUUCUUGUGAAUUCACCCAGCUCUGGCUUCCCAGCUCAUAUCCAGUAUAAAUCUUGUAGACAUCGCUGAGUGCGUUCAUUAAAGUGCCAACUGUAGCAUGAAAAAUAUUGAGGAGUGUGUUAAUUUUUAAAAAACACUUAAGUUUAUUCAAUAUCUCUGUCACACAAAGUUUACAGACUUUCAUAAUCCUUUUUUGAUGCCAAUUUCCAAUUUUUUAAGUUCAAUUCCUUUUGGUGGAUUAAGUUUAAUUGGCGAUUUUUAAACAAACUUUCAACACUUAAUAGUGUUUUCUUAUUACAUUUAAUGAUCUCUGUAGCUUUACUUCAAAUCCUAUAACAGGUUGUAACAAAAUUCUUUUUCUCUACAGAUUUGAAAUUACUUGUCUCUACAUAUAGGCACAACUGUGACUUGAAAACUAGAACAGCAGAUCUUAAUAAUGAGCAUACAUCAUAAAGCAUUAAUAUUAGUAGGGAUUAACACUAUUAAGGAUUAAAACACAACUCACUCAUAUAUACAAAGGUGAAUUUAACGUGUUCACUGUAGCGAAAGUGCCAACAUCAUAAAAUAUGUAUACAUAAGUUUUAUUGGAUUGAUAUUAUUGGUCUAAGAAAUCAUCGUUUCACAUUAAAGUACGUAUUUAUACGUGUUGGGCAAUUAGACAAUCCUAAGCGAACGUUUUAAAAGUCAAAUUUAACCUGGUAUAUCUGUUAGAAAGAUAUCACAUUGAUUAAUUAAAAAUUUAUUUGUUAGCGUAAUCAAUUCUGUGUUGAGUGAAUAUUCCAGUGGAUGAUUAUGUGAUUUUACGGAUAUCAGCUGAGAAGCGAGAGUUUAGAUUUUCAAGUGGUGCAGUUUUGACCUUGAACAUUCGGGGCAAACUUGUAAAUUUUCUAUAAGCUUAGUAUUUAUUUAAUUAGAUUUGAUUAACAAAUUAUGUAUCAUUCAGGCAGUACUUUCUCAUUGAAUGAAGUCAGUGAACUCCUCAUUAGUUAAGUUUUUAUACGAAUUUCUAAGAAUACAUAACUGUAUACUUGGUGUAACUUAAUGAAAUUAAGUUACAUAAUAGAAUAAAUAACGAUAUUAAUUUUUUGAGAGAUUGAAGUGAAAAUAAACUAUAUAUCUCGACAAAAAGAGCCUGUUGCAGUUCUUAAAAAUGAACUAUUUUUAUUAUCAGUAAGUAAAGCUGUGAAAUUUCCCAGAACGUGGUCAGAAGAAUCCAAAUACUGUUAUCUCAGGGGCAAGGUUUAAAUUCUCUUUGUAUUAGAAAUAUUAAUAACCGCAUUCUAUUAACUCCAAUCACAUUUCAAUUAGGGGCAUACAUAAGUGAGUUUUUCGAAAGUUGGGAUGUGAAAACAAGACAUUACUUCCUCCAAAGUUCAAAAAUAAAUAUGGGAAGGAUUUUCUCUCGCCUUUUAAUUUUUUAGCUACGUGAAUUUUAAGUAAGUGAAAAUUAUAAAUCUGUACUUCCUGCAAAAUUGUAAUUAAAAUACCACUUUGAGUUACUAAUAAUGGUUUCUUUUAACUAUUAUUACUCAAAUUUUGGAUUCUUCCCAGGCCAUGUUGUUGAAAAAGUCUGCUCCUGUAACAAUCGUCCGAGGAGUGUCUGAUAUCUAAUUUAAAAUGGAUCAGAAACUACUGUCUGAAAAAACAGUAUUUAUUUAACUUUUACGGGUGUCCAUUUGUGUAAUUGAUUAUGUAAUUAGAACUAAGGAGACUUUGAGAAAAUUUACUAUCUUAAGAAUCAGCUUUGACUAUUUAUAUAAAAAUGCAAUUUUAACGAGUGAUUUACAGCUUCAAGUAAGAUCGGUACCUGUUAGGAAUAUUGUCAAAUCCAAUUUUUUAAUAUAGAAAAAAAUGUUGUCAGUGAAAGUAAAAAGGAGUCGGUCGCAAAUGUAAUAGAAAUAUUUCAGGGUGCUUAUUACUGCGAUUAAUGUAUGUAUUUAGGCCAUUCUCUUAGUUAUUGAAUGUUGCGUUUGCUCAGUCACGGAAAGGAGAAAAUUGUAAACUGUUCCAGCUCAUUCAUUGUUCUUGUUUCAUUUUAAUCAUAUGAAACGUUUCAUGUAAUUAUUUGUUCAUUAUUUCAUUAUGUAUGUGUUUUUCAUCAGUGUGAGUAAAAUAUCUUAUUGUAGGUCUAAAAAAUGUGCUGUUUCUAUAUGUUAUUUAUUAUUUUUAUAAUUUAACAAUGGUAAAUAUUUAUAACAAUAUCCUGUCAUCCUCGUUUACUAAACCAUUAUGUACCCAAACAAUUAUUUUCUCUAUGAUGAUUAAAAAACUUAUACUCACAUUGUAGUGACAAUGGACAGAACAGAUAA